GCGCACAGCGAGCGCGCUCCUCCAUAAAUAGACUCACCGAGCAGCAAAACAACAGUUUGUAGCCAAACUUCUAUUAUAACUUAAACACAUUAAAGGUUGUUUCUAAUGGAGCGAGGAGAUCACAGACCUCCAGAGAAGAAGCGCAGGAGUCGCUGUGUGGUUCUCAGUGUUGUCGCUCUGCUGCUGCUGGUGGUUAUAGUCGCUAUUGUGUUGGGAGUGACUCUCCAGAGCAACACUGACCCACUUAAAACAACUUUUAAGGCAAGGUGUGAGGAGUUCAAGGGAUACGACUGUGAGAAGAUAUGGGGUGCAUUUGAACAAGCCUAUGUCGGGCGGGACCCUUGUAAAGUGCCCAUGGAGGCCUACGACCCUUUCAUCGCUGCGACGCCCAUCAAACCUGCAUGCAACAGAAUGAUGUUCUGGAGCAAAACGAAGGACGUGGUCCACGACUUCACUGAGAAGAGAGACUGUUUUCUCACCUUGGAGGACACUCUGCUGGGAUCGGUGCUAGAUGGUCUGACCUGGUGUGGAAAGGAGGGCAGCAGCGAAACGUUCACGACCGACUGCCCCGGAUGGACCGACUGUGCGAACAACACUGUUCGCUCAUUUUGGAACAGAGUCUCAGCUGCUUUUGCAGAUGUUGCCUGUGGUGAUGUCACAGCGAUGCUAAACGGAUCCAUUGUCACACCAUUCAGUCCUACAAGUAUUUUCGCGAGCAUCGAGGUGAAGAGGUUCGACUCUGCCAGAAUGAGAAGCCUGAAUGUUGUUCUGAUCACACAGAAGGACACUGUGUCAAACUGCACGAAUGCAUCUUUAAAGGAUUUACAGAAAGAGCUGGAUCAAGGAAUUAAAUACAACUGCAAGGAAGUGUCUGAAACUCAGAUUGAGGAGUGCAGCUCUAAUCCAGAGAAACCGUGUGGAGCCUGUUGGUGAAGAACUAAAUAUCAGAUUAUACUGACCAGACGAGAUACAACAAUAACCAGCCGUAACAAACAUUUGUCUUUUCUGUAAAAUCUUUAUAAAUGAAAUAAUGUGUUAUUAUAUUCUCUUUGUACCUGUGGGCCAGUUUGAUUUAAUGUGAAAUGUUUUAUAUAAAUGUCACUGAUACAUUUUUAUUUUAAUAUGACAAUGCACCUUUGUAUAUCUUUUAUCAAAUCUAAAAGAGUUGUGGUAAAGUGCCAUGUACUGAAGGGUAAAACACCAGCGCUGCUAUCUAAUAACUGACAAUCUCGCUCCCACCUGGUGGCAAAAUGUUUUUAAAUAAAAUGUUAAAAUAUA